UUAUUUUAAUUUCAAUGAAACUUCACUUAGAUGCAAUUUUCAUAAAUGAAACGAAACAGUAACAGACUAAAUCAUCAUGUGCAUUUCGACACAGCUAGUCUCAAAGACGAGUUCGAAACUGAUCCAAGCUCUGUUACAUACCAGCGUUCCGGUGACACUAUUGUUGUCAGUUUGGGUUUCCUACAAGUCAAUCAUCGUUAUUUAAUUGAUCUUAAGCUACCGAUCUCGCUGUUUGGCAAUAUAAGCGACGAGGGCAAAAGUCAAUUUGAACCUGAUGUGACGACAGUUCCUAAUUUACAUUGCCGCAUUACAGAAUUCUCCGGUGUUAAACACGAUACUCAUGAUUUCUAUGAAAUGAAAUUAGAAUUUUUCGCUUAUAAAGAAAAACUCCUUCGUGAAACAUUACAUAUUGUCAACUCGAAAAAUUCUAAAGAAGUCCUAACGCUGGUUAUAAGUGCACGAGUAUUGGGUAAGGGCAAAGGUACUCCGAUGUUGCGAAAUGGUAUACACUGCAUAGGUAUGGAAGCAGAUGAGGAGUCAGAGUCAUCAGAUUUUGCUGGCUUUAGCAAACAUUCUUAAAUAUUCGAAAUAACGCCAUGAAGAAACUAUAGAUAUAUAUUAUAUGCAAUUAUUAUUUGCAUAUAAGAUACAUAAAAAAUGUAUUCAUUUAAAAUUAUUCAUAAACAUUUUAAAAGCAUUCUUUGUUCUUGACAACAUUGUGGCAUUUGAAACAUAAAUUUCUAUUAUUAUACAUAUUAGUUGAUUUAAUAAAUUGUUAACUUUUAAAAAUAAUUGUAAAUGAUUUAAGUCAUUAUAUGAUUGCAUUAAAGCAGAUGCAGAUACUUAAAGCGUGUAUAUUAGUAUAAUUUAUUUAAAGAAAAAAAAUAGUAUUGUUAAAGCUAAAAAAUCCACGAGAGGUUUUUAUCUCAUUCAGAUACAUUUGUUUAAAAAACAGCUCAGACACCAUAAAUGGUGUAAAAAAUGCAAUGGAAAUAUAAAGAAUUGUAGUUAGUAAUAAUAAAUAAUAUUGAAUAUUAUUG